AUGCAAAACAUUAAUAAAAUAUUAAAAAUCUUAAUUAUCAUUUGUGUGAUUUACUUUCAUCCUGUGAUUUCAACUUUAGCGGAAAGAAAUCAAUUUCCAUCACAAGUUAUUGUUAAAUGGAAGAAAAAAUUUGCAUGUACUGGAAAUAUAAUUAACGAAUGUUGGGUGUUAACUGUAGCAAGUUGCUUCGAUGUUUAUAAACCACAGAAUGUUUCAAUUGUAGCAGGAAGUAAUGUUAUCAAUGUUGGUGGAAUCAAAAGAAAGGUUGCACGUGUGAUAAUUCACGAACAAUACCUGAAAAGUGUAAAUAAAUAUGAUAUUGCAUUGUUGGAGCUAAAAAAGUGUUUGAAUCUUGAUGAUGAUGAUUCUAUUAAGAAAAUCAAGUUGAUGAAGAAAAGAUAUAUUUCACCACAUGAAGAAGUGACAAUUGUUGGAUGGUUAAAACAACCUGGAGACAAAUAUUUGAAUUACAACACGCUGUUUAUUUUGGGCGAACUUGCUUGUAAAAAUAUAUCUCCAAGGUACGAUUAUCUUCAUGGAAUAUUUUGUCUCCAGCAACAUUUCUUUAUGCCCACUGGAUUCCGUAGUCCUUGUCUUGCUGGGAAAGGAGGUGCUGCAAUUUGUAAUGGAGAACUUUGCGGAAUCGGCAGCAUCAUUUAUGAAACUUGUUAUGCUUCAACUCCUUUAGGCUACACAAAUAUUAAUGACUUUAAAUCUUGGAUCUCUGAAGCGAUGGAAAGAAAUUUAGAAUAA